GUGACGCGUUGCGCCCAUUCACUAAAAAAAUAGGGCAGAAAAGCAAAAGGAGAACGACGCGGCGACAUACCGACAGGAGAACGAAGAGAUGCGCGGAUAGAGAGGCGCUGGAGGGUUAACCACAGCCGAACACGAGCAAACAAACAACCGGCAGCGAUGGAGGAGCUGCGCGUGAUGGACUGCGCCAUGCUGAGGCGGCUCCUGAAGGACGACGGAGCCCACAACAAGUGCCUGCUGCUGGACUGCCGCUCCUUCCUCGCCUUCAGCGCGGGACACAUCCGCGGCGCCGUCAACGCCCGCUGCAACACCAUCGUCCGGAGGCGCGCGAAGGGCUCCGCGCUGAGCCUGGACCGGAUUCUGGCCGGGGACGAGGAGGUCCGGGGCCGCCUCCGCUCCGGGAUGUACUCCGCCGUGGCGCUGUACGACGAGCGGACUCCGGACGCGGACUCCGUGAAGGAGGACAGCACCGUGAACGUGGUGCUGCACGCGCUGCUCAGAGACUCCCAGGGAACACACAUUUACCUGCUCAAAGGGGGAUAUGACAGAUUUUUCUCGGAGUAUCCAGAGUUUUGCUUAAAGACCAAAUCCAUACCACCCCUCAGCAGCCAGUCCAGCGUGGACUCUUCCUGCUCGUCGUGUGGAACGCCGCACAAUGACCAGAGAAAUCACGAGGGCACCGACUCAGAAAGCCCAGCCUCCUCCAUCUGUGUGUUUUCUGAGGAUAAAAAUGCUUCGCUGUCUUCCGGUGAAGCAUUUUCAGGUGCACUUACCAUUCAGAACGUCUUCAGUUUCCUGUGGAAGCAUGGAGACCAUAUGCUGAGAGCUUAG